CGACAAGAACGAAGCAGAAGAAAAGAAGAAGAAGAAGCGACAGCGCAAGAACCAAUCACAACGCGGAAACAGACGUUUGCGUAAAGUGCAUGUACGGUUAAGAUUCAGGUCGUUUGCUAACAAGUAGUUCUGCAAUGAUGUCAAAGCCGACGCUGCUGAUCCUGUACGGGAGUCAGACUGGGACGGCCCAGGACACGGCUGAGCGGAUCGCUCGACAGGCGCAGAGGCGGCUGCUGAAAGUCCACGUGUCGUCUCUGGAUGAGUACAGCGUGGCUAACCUGAUCUCAGAGUCGCUGGUUGUUUUUGUGUGCGCCACCGCUGGCCAGGGGGACCCUCCUGACAACAUGAAGACCUUCUGGAGGUUUCUGUUCAAGAAGUCUUUACCUCUUGGCUCUCUGUGUCAGCUGGACUGUGCCGUACUGGGCCUGGGCGACUCGUCCUAUCCUAAGUUCAAUUUUGUGGCCAAGAAGCUCCAUAAGCGCCUGAUGCAGUUGGGUGCCAGUGUGCUGUUACCUGUUGGACUGGCAGAUGGCCAACAUGAUCUGGGGCCGGACGCUGUGAUUGACCUGUGGCUAAAGUCAUUCUGGGAGAAAGUCUUGGAUCUGUACCCAUCGUUGGCAGAUGUGGUUCCACUCAGAGACGAUGAAUUACUGCCACCAAAAUACACUUUUCACUUUCUGGGUGGUGUGACCGAAAAGACGGAGGACAGAAUGAGGAUUCCGGUAGGACAGACUGCACCAUCCCACCCCUUUCCUUCAAGACUGGUGUCCAAUAGCAGAGUAACAGAUUCCUCCCAUUUUCAAGACGUGAGGCUUAUUGAGUUUGACAUCACAGGGUCCAACAUCAAGUAUGAUGCUGGUGACAUCGUGAUGAUGCGUCCUCGUAACGCACCAGAAGAUGUGCAACAGUUCUGUCAGCUGCUGAGAUUGGACCCAGAAGCGACAUUCACUCUCACAGCGACAGGAGACACUGCAGUCCCGUCCAGGCUGCCUCAGCCCUGCACUGUGCACCACUUGGUGGAGAGCUAUCUGGACAUUGCUGCUGUUCCUCGACGUUCUUUCUUUGAGCUGCUGUUGGGUUUUGCUACCAAUGAGCUGGAGAUGGAGAAGUUGACAGAGUUCAGCUCGGCGGAAGGCCAAGAAGAGCUGAAUAACUACUGCAGUCGUCCUCGACGCACCGCCCUGGAGGUUCUGGCAGAUUUUCCGCACACGACAGCAGAACUCAAGGUGGACUAUCUCCUAGACCUCUUCCCUGAGAUCCAGCCUCGCUCCUUCUCCAUUGCUUCAUCUCUGAAGGCUCACCCACACAGGCUUCAGAUCCUGGUCGCUGUGGUUUGCUACAAAACCAAACUCUACAAACCACGAAGAGGUCUCUGCUCCACCUGGUUGGCCUCCCUGGAUCCUGCUCAAGGGGAGGUGUACGUGCCCCUGUGGGUGAAGAAGGGAAGUCUGACCUUCCCAAAAGAACAGCACACCCCUGUGAUCUUGGUGGGACCUGGGACAGGAGUGGCCCCCUUCAGGUCUGCCUUACAGGAGAGGGUGUCUGAAGGAAAAACUGCUAACAUCCUGUUCUUUGGCUGCCGCUCCGAGUCCAAAGACUUUUACUUCAGGACGGAGUGGGAGGAAAUGUCCAGAGCUGGUCAGCUGACCCUCUUCACUGCUUUCUCACGAGACCAGGAGGAGAAGGUUUAUGUGCAGCAUCGUGUGAAGGAGAAUGGACGCCAACUGUGGGAGCUGAUGACCAAGAAUGGUGCCUACUUUUAUAUCGUCGGGAAUGCCAAACAGAUGCCAGCCAGCGUGUGUGAAGCUCUGCGGGAGGCGUUCCAGCAGGAAGGAGGCGUGUCCGCUGACCAAGCUGAGCAGAUGGUGGACACCAUGGAGAGGACAGGUCAACUCCAGAUUGAGACCUGGUCCUGAUUACAUGACCGAGCCCAACGCAGUUACUCAGAAACAAUGAAAAGACAAAUCGCAUCCAGAUGUCUAUUUAAAAUCAUUUAACAUCUUGCUUAAACUAAUUAUUUUUGAUUUUCUGUGGUCUGAUCACCGUUCUGAGAUAACUGAGAAAUCCAUCACAAAUAUAUAUAUAUAUAAAUAUAAUCCAUACAAAUAUAUUUGACUGCAUUUACUUUAAAUCUGUUCAUUAAAAUGGUCCAAUCAUAUUGUAGUAUGUUAAUUAAAAUACAAAAUAAAUUGAAGUGUGAAAACUCA